AAUUUUGAUUGUAUCGUCAUGAAUUAAAUUGAACGUCGAUUCCCAAUACAACGAAGCCUACCUACGUUCUCACUUUACUUCCCACUCUCUUCUUCCAUCCUAAGGAACCCCCACACAAGUUUCCUCUAUCUCUCUCUCUAAAAGUACCUUUCUUUCUCUCAACUUGGUGAGUGAGAGCAGCAUCCGGGUCAGGUAUCACUGUUCAAGAACUGCAUUAGUCAUGGCGGUUGAGAAGGUUACACCAAUGGUGCUCAGGGUUGAUCUCCAGUGUCCUUGCUGCUACAAGAAGAUCAAGAAAACUCUCUGCAAAUUUCCCCAAAUCAGAGACCAGGUGUAUGACGAGAAGAACAACACCGUCGCGAUCACGGUGGUCUGCUGCAGCCCCGAGAAGAUCCGUGACAAAUUGUGCUGUAAGGGUGGCAAGGUCAUCAAGAGCAUUGAAAUCAUAGAGCUCCCCAAGCCCGAAAAGAAGAAGGACGCCGAUAAGCCCGGAAAGCCUAAAGAUCCCGAGAAACCCAAAGUGGUGGUGGUUGAGAAGCCCAAGGAACCUGAGAAGCCUAAGGUGGUGGUGGUUGAGAAUCCCGAAAAGCCGCCCAAGGAGGCGGAGAAGCCCAAAUCUAAUGGGAAAGCCGAUAAGCCCAAAUCUAACGGGAAAGGUGACAAACCCAAGUCAGAUGGAGAGAAGCCCGCAGAAGCUCCGAAGGCAGAAAAGCCCGCAGAGAAGCCCAAGGAAGCUCCAAAGCCCGAGCCGGCCGCAAAUUCUGAACCGGCCGCGAAGGCGCCACCUCCAGCGGAGCCAGUGAAAGGGCCCGAACCGGUCCCAGUAAACGGAGUCCCAUCGGUUUUCCCCUACUGCGGCCCAACCUUCGAUGCUUAUGCUGCCGGCCCAUAUUACCACGGGUACGGUUUCCCCCCGCCACCACAGCCAUGUUACGAAAGUUACAACGGGUAUGGACAGGGGUACGGGCACGGGUAUGGAUACGGCCACGGGUAUGGCAGGGUUGGGUACGCGAGCAGAUGUGAUGGCUACUUCAGUGAAGAAAACCCACAAGGUUGCUCCAUCAUGUGAUGGCCGUUUUUCUUGUACUGAAAAAGCUAUAAUAGAGAAUUUAAGGGGGUAAAAAUGCAAAUAAAUACUUUAGCGUCGGUGGGUAAUGUUUGGAUGGUUCAAGUUUUACAAAUAAUUUUCUUUUUCUCUGUAAUCAAAGUUGUCUCUAAUCAUUGACGACUUUUAUGUAUACUUUUGAAUGGUUGAUUUUGGUUCUUUCUGCAUUUUCUUGCUA